AUGGUCACCUCUGUAGCACAGCCGGGGGGGGGAGAUGACGAGAGAGCGCGUGCACUGCAGGAGUAUGUCGCGAAAGUGAAGGAGCACAGAGAGUGCGAAGCAAAAGUGAAAAAACUCCGCGAGGAAGUGAAGAAGCAGUCUGGCAGAUAUGAGAAGACCGAAGAAGAUUUGAAGGCGCUGCAAGGCGUCGGCCAACUGAUUGGAGAAGUUUUGAAGCAGCUAGACUCUGAGAAAUUCAUCGUCAAAACGUCCAGUGGGCCUCGCUACAUGGUUGGCAGCAAACCGAAAAUCGACAAAGCCUCGCUGACGGCAGGCACUCGCGUCGCCCUCGACAUGACGACGUUGACGGUGAUGCGCAAGUUGCAGAGAGAAGUGGAUCCUCUCGUCUUCAACAUGCUCCACGAGGAUCCUGGAAGUGUGCAGUACGGAGAAGUGGGAGGUCUCAGCGAACAGAUUCGCCAAAUGCGAGAGGUGAUCGAGUUGCCUCUGACGAACCCGGAACUCUUCAAGAGAGUGGGGAUCAAAACGCCCAAAGGCGUUCUCCUCUACGGCCCCCCGGGGACAGGGAAAACCCUUCUUGCUCGCGCGAUGGCGUCGAACAUGAAUUGCAACUUCAUGAAAGUCGUCGCUUCGGCCAUUGUGGAUAAGUACAUUGGCGAAAGUGCACGCGUCAUUCGCGAGAUGUUUGCGUAUGCCCGAGACCACGAACCGUGCAUCAUUUUCAUGGAUGAAAUUGACGCCAUCGGCGGUCGCCGCUUCUCCCAAGGCACCUCUGCAGACCGCGAAAUUCAGCGCACGCUCAUGGAGCUGUUGAAUCAACUCGAUGGCUUCGAUGAACUCGGAGCUGUGAAGAUCAUCAUGGCCACAAACAGACCAGAUGUCCUCGACCCUGCGCUUAUGCGUCCUGGCCGUCUCGACCGCAAAAUUGAAAUUCCUCUGCCUAACGAGACAGCGCGCGUCGACAUCUUGAAAAUCCACUCCAGCAAAAUCGCCAAACAGGGCGACAUCGACUACGAGGCCAUCUGCAAGCUGUGCGAUGGAUUCAACGGCGCCGACUUGCGAAACGUAUGCACUGAGGCGGGCAUGUUUGCGAUUCGAGCAGAGAGAGACUACGUUGUUGAAGAAGAUUUUUUCAAGGCUGCUCGGAAGUUGGCAGAUAACAAAAAGCUUGAGAGCACGAUCGACUACGACUUUUGA